UCUUCUGUUUUCAGUUUCCGCCGUUUUCUAGAUCUCUUGGUCUUUUCCUGUUAGCUUUCGUGGAGUUUCGACGUGUGGCGUGGGUGCCUAUAAAUUAAAAACUUUUGGUAAAUUCUAAAUUUAGUUAUAAUGGCAAAUCAAGACUCCACUAUGGAAAAUGGUGAGGAUUUCUCACAAGACGUUUCUACUGAUCAAAAUCAAGAAAAUGGCCAUAAUGGCGGUGGAGACGCUCCACCCGCCGACAGCGGUUCUGCAGAUAAGCCCGGAAAAGAUGACGACAGAAAAUUGUUUGUUGGAGGCCUUAGUUGGGAAACAACUGACAAGGAACUACGGGAAUAUUUUGGCAAAUAUGGCGAAAUUGAGAGCAUAAACGUUAAAACAGACUCCAUGACUGGUAGGUCACGGGGUUUCGCCUUUAUUGUCUUCAAAGAAAUUGAAUCCCUUGAAAAAGUAACCUCUGCUGGAGAACACACUAUUGGCGGAAAGAAAGUUGAUCCUAAAAAGGCGAAGGCUAGGCAUGGAAAGAUAUUUGUAGGAGGGCUGGUACCUGAAUUAACAGAUGAUGACAUUAAAGAGUAUUUUGGACAGUUUGGAAAUAUUAUUGAAGUUGAGAUGCCUUUUGACAAACAGAAGAACCAGAGGAAGGUUUUCUGCUUUAUUACAUUUGAUUGUGAACAAGUCGUACAAGAUCUUCUAAAGAAACCAAAGCAGAUGAUCAAAGACAAAGAGGUUGAUGUUAAAAGAGCUACACCUAAACCUGAUCAGAUGAUGAUGAUGGGAAUGGGUCGAGGUGGUAGAGGAGGCAGAGGUGGACCUAGAGGACGUGGAGGUCGUGGAGGCUUUGGAGGUGGUUGGAAUCAAGGUUAUGGUUACGGUUACAACCAAGGAUAUGGCUAUGAUGGGUACAGUGGAGGAUAUGAUUAUUAUGGUGGCGGAUAUGGCAGCUACGGCAACUACGACUACUCAGGGGGCUACAGUGGAAAUUAUGAUCAGGGAUAUGGGUAUGAAGGAGGCUAUAGUAAUAAUAGUGGUGGAAGGAAUGCUCGCGGAAAAGGAAAUUCGUCUCGUCCUCCAAAAAAGCAGCAAUGGUCUCAACAACAGUAAGAAUACCAUCAGACAGCGCAGGGUAAAAUAGAAGACUGGACUAGACUAGAGGUUAGUCUAGACCUCUAAUCCAACUAGUGGGGCUGUGAUUCCCUGUCUACGGGUGAUCUUUUAUGUUUACCUCAUUUGUUCCAUUUUAUACUAUUAUAGUAUAUGGUAAAUGAGUUAAGGAAAGAGCACUUUCAUGCAGUUUUUAGCAAUUUGAGCGUACUAUUUACCCUAAAAAAAGUAUCAUUAAAAAAUCAAUAAUCAUUCAAUAUAAUAUUUAACAGUAGGUAUUAAUUAAAUAUGAGCUCUUUUUUUGACUCGAGAAGUUUAUUGAUAAUACACCAUUCUAUAUUGUGGCUGUCAAUCAUUUAAAUUGUCUAUUCAUGUUUAUAAUAAACGUAAAUUGAAAUAAUUUUUAACAUAUAGGGUUCAGGUGUAUAUUUAUCAAUAAAUAAAACGUGUAACUAUUUUGAUUAUAUAUUCUUAUUAUUUAUAUUCAAAUGUUACACCAUGUAUAUUGUAUAUUUACUGAAUCAUUACAAUAUAUAUUUUAUAGGACUAGACUUAUAUUGUUCAACUGAAUAUAAUAUUUACUGUAUUAAAAACGCCAUUAAUAAAAAUAAUGAAAAGAAA